GCCAGGACAACUGCUACACCGUAGUCCAAACUAUAUGGUUGCUAGCUUGCAAUUGAAAAAGACGCUACACUGUUUUAGGAUUAGUUUGGUGACUCCUUAUUUGCCUUUUCUGUUCGUCUUGUAGAAUAUAUUGGUUAGUGGUUUGCUAUCUCUGGGAAAAUUCUGAAUUAUGAGUCAGCGGCAGGUUUUACAAGUUUUUGAACAGUAUCAAAAAUCCAGAACACAAUUUGUGCAGUCAAUUGCUGAGCUUGCAACAAGACCACAAAACAUCGAGACUUUGCAAAAUGCAGGUGUGAUGUCCCUUUUGAGGCCCCUCCUGCUGGACGUGGUCCCAACCGUUCAGCAGACGGCAGCCUUGGCGCUAGGGAGGCUUGCCAACUACAAUGAUGACCUAGCUGAAGCAGUUGUAAAGGGAGACAUUCUUCCACAGCUUGUGUACUCUUUGGCGGAACAGAACCGGUUCUACAAGAAGGCAGCGGCGUUUGUGCUGAGGGCGGUGGCCAAGCACUCUCCAGAGCUGGCGCAGGCUGUGGUGGACUGUGGCGCGUUGGACGCUUUGGUCAUCUCUCUGGAGGAGUUUGACCCUGGGGUCAAGGAGGCUGCGGCCUGGGCGCUAGGCUACAUCGCCCGCCACAAUGGAGAGCUGUCCCAGGCGGUGGUGGACGCAGGGGCCGUGCCCCUCCUGGUGCUGUGCGUCCAGGAGCCGGAGGUGGCCCUGAAGAGGAUCGCCGCCUCCAGCCUCAGUGACAUCGCCAAGCACUCCCCGGAGCUGGCGCAGACCGUGGUGGACGCCGGCGCCAUCGCCCACCUGGCGCAGAUGAUCCUCAACCCGGACGCCAAGCUGAAACGACAGGUGUUCUCGGCCCUGGGCCAGAUCGCCAAGCACUCGGUGGACCUGGCGGAGAUGGUGGUGGAGGCGGAGAUCUUCCCGGCGGUGCUGGGCUGCCUGAAGGACCCGGACGAGUACGUGCGGAAGAACGUGGCCACGCUGAUGCGCGAGAUCACCAAGCACACGCCCGAGCUGUCCCAGCUGAUUGUGAACGCGGGCGGCGUCGCCGCGGUGAUAGACUACGUCGGGGACUGCCGGGGCCACGUGCGGCUGCCGGGGAUCAUGAUGCUGGGCUACGUGGCGGCGCACUCCGAGAACCUGGCCAUGGCCGUCAUCGUGUCCAAGGGCGUGCCCCAGUUGGCGAUCUGCCUGGCGGAGGAGCAGGAGGAGCACAUCAAGUCUGCCACGGCCUGGGCGUUCGGGCAGAUCGGGCGGCACACGCCGGAGCACGCCCGCAUGGUCGCCGUGGCGAACGUCCUGCCCAAGCUGCUGGCGCUCUACAUGGACACGGAGAGCUCCGAGGACCUGCAGGUCAAGGCUAAGAAGGCGCUAAAGAGCAUACUGCAGAAGUGCACUUACCUGCCGGCGCUGGAGCCAUUGCUGCAUGAAGCCCCCAGCAACGUCCUCAAGCACGUGGUCUGCCAGUUCAGCAAGGUGCUUCCCCACGACAGCAAGGCCCGCCGUCUGUUCGUCACCAGCGGGGGGCUGAAGAAGGUGCAGGAGAUCAAAGCGGAACCCGGCACGGCGCUCAGAGAGUACAUCAGCGCCAUCAACAACUGCUACCCCGAGGAGAUCGUCAGGUACUAUUCCCCAGGCUACUCAGAGACGCUGCUGGAGAGAGUGGACAAAUACCAGCCAGUUUAAAUAUUUUAGUUUUUUUGUUCAAUACUAGAUCUCUUAUAACUUACUUACACGUCUUGUCACUGCAUUUGUAAGUUGUUGCACAAUAAGCAACACAUUCGUCAACUGAAAUAAUGCAUUGUCUUGUUCUUAUUGAUGUGUAGAUGAUAUUUUAUUGUAGACUUGUGUUCAAGUUACCUGCUUGAUAUUUAAAUGUCUGUUUCCCCAAAAGUAUCUAUCAUGAUAAACUUUAUAAUUCAUCAGUGAGGCUGAUAUAAUUAUACCAUAGUAUCUUUUGUAGUUUUUAAAUUUUAUUUAAAAAAAUAAAAUAAAAUAAAUAAAUU